CUCACGUCAGAUCCUGUCACAAGGUAAACAUAGAUGCUUCAAAGUUAACUCUGGGUGCUUCCUCUUUCUGUUGUCGUUACUGCUAGCUAGUAAAAUUAACGAAACAGUCGUCAUUGUCGGACAACUUCAAAUGGGUAGUUGAUACGAUGAUCAGAUGAUAUCAAUUUGUGAAGAAUUGGCAAUGGAUAAUCUGUAUAAACUGCCAACGUUUCCUCCUGGUCGUGGGUUUGCUAGCUAAAGACGUUAGCUGCCUGCUAUCCUUGUAGCUAAAGCCUUCUCCGUUUGUAGUUAGCUAACUCAGCUCAGCCAGCUACGGGAGAAUAACAAUUAGCUAAUACAGCCACUUGUCAGCACAGUUCAUUGUAGCUAGCUACAUAAGUUUGACAGUUAACGUUAUCUAAAGAGAAUGGCGUCGUCAUUUGUGAUUGGAAACACAUUUCGAGAGAGGGUAAGAGACUUGCUGGAGAACGAUGAGUUUUCAGUUCCAACGGAACUACAGAAAGAAGUGGAGGAUAUUCUUCAACAGGAACAACCGUCAACUCUGUCCUUCAGAACGGCUAGGAAACUUAAUAAAUGCCUGCAAGACAAUGGUCAACCUUUCUACCUUCAUGAGUUUUUGGAGGACAGCUCAUUGCACCUGCCUAAGGUUGUAAUGCCCCCCAGAAACCCUAUGCUUGUGGCUCGUCUGGAACGAAUCAAAGCCAAGUUGGCCAAUGAAGAAUACAACAGGAUCACACGGAAUGUAAACACUCAGCAAAUUAAUCGUCAUGAGACACUGGCGGACUUUGGGAGAGAAGUGCGCUCAGCCAAAGCUGCAGUUGUGACGGUCUUAAACUUCCUAGUGACAGUGGCGGCGACGUUCGCUUGCGCCUAUCUCGGCAGUCAAUACCUCUUCACAGAGACAGCGGCGAGGGUGAUAUCUGCAGUGAUUGCUGCGUCCGUAGUCGGCCUGGCAGAGCUGUAUGUUCUGGUACGAACCAUGGAGGGAGAGCUAGGAGAACCAUAGCACCAGUCAGUGUUCUUCUUAUCAACAAAAUACUUUCCUGGAGAACAAUGCCCUUAUCUGACCCACCAGUGGACUUCAAAACAGAAAUCAAAGGGGUUGAGUGGAAGUUGACAUGACCACAAAACUAUUCAUAGGAAUUGUCCCACGUUGUUCGCAUAUUGAAAACAGAUUAGUGUGAAGAUCUUGAAUGUGACCCAGAUGUAAAAGUUGUUUGUGUUUUACCAUCGCUGCUCUAUGAUGAAGUUAACGCCAUGUUUCACAACUCAUUUACUAAUGUGGACAAAAAAAGUUGGGAUAUUUAUCUAUUUAUUUACAUCCAUUAUGCUUUUAUAGGGCCUGUUAAAUUACCCCCCUUCAUAACAUUUGUUUGAUAAUUUCCUACUUAGAUGGAACAGGGAUUUUUUUUAAUACAAUAGCUUAUUCAUACUGUACUUUCACGGUCCUUCAGUUUGUCUGUAUAGUCAGUAUUGUUUGUCUGUUCAAUAAAAUUAGCGCCCAGGUAAUUCAA